UAUUGUAAUGUAGUGAUUGUAUAAAUCAAUACAUACAUAUAGCCUAGACAUCAUAAUGUAAAAUACCCCUUCUCAGAACCAUCCCUUUUUAUGUCCAUACCCCCUUCUCAGAACCCUUUUCAUUUAUUUAAUCCACGCCAAUAAAAACCCUUAUUGUUAAUAGUUCAAACAGCCCCUAAUCAUAGAACAAAGAACUGCCUUCCCCUUCCCAAUAAUCAAACCCCCCUUUUGUCCUAUACCCAAACACUUGGAUUAUAAUUUAUGUAGAAGCUUGAAUAUAUAUUGAGUGUACACCCAAGGGUUGAGGGUUAGAUAAGUCAAGAUCAUCACAGAGUUAAGAUCUACAUCGACGUACGUUAAUUGUGAUAUGCUUUUCAACUCUACAUGUGAUACUGCUGGAAGUUGACAUUUAAUAAAGUUUCUUGAUUGAAUUGUACAUCGAACGUUCCUGUGUGGUCAUUGAUGCUCCCAACUAAGAUAUGAACGAUCACAACACAACAUGGUGGAGAACCCGGCUUUUUAUUCACUAGUGCUAUAGAGGACGGACACCUAUUUACCCUUGGAGUAGGUGUCGAAAGCCUGUAGAGUGGUGCGUCAGAAAAGUUAAUAAUGAAAUAGGAGGAAAACUUUGGACCAGGGUCAGCGACGAUCGACAACAUUUACUCAGCUCACUAGAUGACGAAAAUUAGGAGCCUACAGUGACAAUGAUCUCCAGCCAAACUGUACACAACCAAAAACAGAAAUGACGCUGCAUGCCAGAGACGGAUAAGACACAGACGACGGAUGACUGGAGAGACGACGGAUGACUGAAGGGACCUCGACAGCUGUGAUGACUUCUGAAGACGACAGCCAUAUGUGUGACACAGCAACUGGAUCAACGGACGGACCAUUGAGAGCUGAAUGACUUUGAUGCUCGACUACCUUUUCCUUGGAUCGAUGUGGAUGUUAUUCGGCCAUAUGACUUAAUAACUUUUUUUUAUGAGACCAAUCUAAUAAUUUCAUUCUGAUGUCCUUAUACAUUUGCUUGGUUACUUUGGUAAGUGAAACACUUUUCAUUGCUCCGUCCCAUGAGUGAGAAUGAGAGAUAAUAUUUAACAUUCCUUUGUAUUUAUGGUUCAUCUAUUGAUUUCGACAAUUAUAUGGUAAUGUUAGAUUUAAUACCUUAUCCUAAAAUUUAAUUUCGUAUUAGUAUAAAACAGUGUACGAGUAGAUUCCCCCCUCUUAAAGUUCUAAAUAAAUAUUAAGCUGAACAUUGCCUACCAAUUAUUGAACAGUAAUAAUUUGACCAUUAAUAUGACCACCACAACAUCGACAUCGAAUAUGCCACGACAUACACUACGACAGACGGACUUCCUUCCAUCCCGUUUUUCUGGCGAUCGGCUAGAUAGGGACGACUCGACUGCACAUUUUCUGACAUUUGAUGAUUACCUGGACGCACACAAUAUAGACUCAACUGACCCCGCCCAAUUCCAGACAAUACUCCGAUCUUUCCGUCGCACAUUGCAGGGACAGGCUAGACUAUGGAUAGACGGACUGACUUUUAAUUCAUAUGACGACUUAAAAGACGGGUUUGUGAGGAGGUUUAGCCCAGCUAAGUCUUCAUACAGCCAUGUUAGGGACUUUAACACAAUGACGAUGACUGAUGGGGAGAGCGCAGAGGCGUAUCUCCAGCGACUUCGACAGACUGCGUCUUACAUCAAUUAUGGCGAGGCACAGAUUAAACACAGAUUGCUUGAUUCUCUGCCUAAUGAAUGCCGCGCUACAAUAUUGAUGUCUGCCUCAGCCUCUGACAUAACUUCUGACGAAAUAGCAGCUAAGGCGCAGCUAUUUCUUGACUUAAGAAAGGACUCGACUCCACAGACAAAAGAGCUGACCUUUUCUGCCCAAGCAGAAAUUGAUCUUCUCAGAGAGGAGAUAAAUUCAAUGAAAAUAACCGACACCCCCAAUAAUGACAGAGACCGUGGGAGAGCUCCUAAUCGACGAUCUCCGACACCACGACGAAACAACCUUAAUAGGAGUAGCGACCGUAGUUUUUCCCAACGACGACAAGACCGAAGUCGUGAUCGGUAUCGUGACUAUCAGUAUCAUGAUACUAGACGCGGUAAGAGCCCAUACCGCCAUAACCGUGACUUUACUGACCGUCGACCCAGACUGACAUGUGACUAUUGUCGCAUUCCAGGACAUGUCUGGCGGGAAUGUCGACGACGACUUAGGGACAUGGAGACACAGCCACGACGUGACUAUGGACAGCGACAACAAUACUACGGACAACGGACGGGCUACGGCCAACAGCAACAGGAUUUUUAAGACGGGAAGGAGUCAACAGCGCUCGUUAUCUUCCUUCCCGAUCUAAAAAUCAGACCAGGCCUGACAUUGACUUAACAUCGACUCAUUUAGGAACCGAAGAUGUGGAACUUAAGUUGACAGAUAGAAACUUUGUGAAAGGUCGCUUACCAAAUGGCAAGAAUGUGUUCAUUUUGUUCGAUAGUGGAGCAACCAAGACCAUAAUCUCCGCUAA